UGCUGGCUUCUCCCAAGCUGGGGAGUGCUGCCUGGGCGCGGCCAGGUCGCGGGAAGGGUGAGGUGGGGACGUACCUUCGGCUGAUAGGUCUCGGUCACGUGAGUGGCCGAGAGGAGCCUUCAAAAGCUCGCGUUCUGCAGGGAAGUGUGACUGGGAAGUGCGAGGGGAAGGCUGUGCGACUUCUCCCUGCCUGGGGAACCGCUGCGGGUACCGGCUGGCUGGGAACUGCGCGCACCGUGAAGCGGGAAGACGCUCCAAACGCCCUGCGCGCAGACGGAAUGAUUGGUGCCAUGUGGAAGGCGACUGUUCUGUUGGUCCUGUUGGUGCUCAGCCCUGGUGGUGAUGGGCUAUUUCGCUCCAUAUACAGAAACGUCCCAGUGUCUGCACCACAGAAGGGAGACGCGAGACAGCCAUUAGUUCUUACUCCCUAUGUGGAAGCUGGGAAACUCUCAGAAGGUUCUACCUGCGUGGACUCUUCAGGUCAUCCACGUUUCAUAGAUGAGAGACUGGAGCCCAGAGAGGUUAAAUCCUUGCCUACUAAAAGGGUCACAGAGCCGAUCAAUAGUAGCCCGAGGAUCAGCAAAGCACCAGGGAAAAGGGACUGUCUGUCACAGAGGAGUUUCCCUUCUGCGAGGCAGAUCCAUUUUAAAAGAGGACCCUGUGGCUCCAGACAGUGCUGGGAGAAGUCUAACAUCCAGCUCGGGGGCUGGGGGCCCUGACUUGGAGCACCGAUUCCCUGAGGGUGAACAGUCUC